AUGUCUGGCAUCCAUGAAAAUGGCAACGACCAGCUUACAGACCUGAGCUCUGAUUUCUCCGAAUACUGGAUCGAUCUCUUCUUGGGAAUAAAGGGUAAUGAAUACUUUUGCGACAUCGACGAUGACUAUAUCAGGGACAGGUUCAACUUAACAGGUCUUAAUCAAGAAGUAAGCAAACUCCCCACGCUUGUGGAUAUCAUAACAGACAUGGCGGACAUCGAGCACCAGCCAGAGGAACACAGAGAUGCUUUGGAACACAAUGCCAGAAUAUUGUACGGCUUAAUCCACGCAAGAUACAUUUUAUCACAGCGAGGGCUCAACAAAAUGUUUGAGAAGUACAAAAAUGGUGAUUUUGGUUACUGUCCCCGCGUACACUGCCACUUGCAUCCAUUACUCCCUAUUGGCUUGAGCGAUCAGCCCAGAAUCAACUCUGUAAAGCUAUAUUGUGCGAAAUGCGAGGACUUGUACAACCCCAAGUCGGGCAGGCAUGCCAUAGUAGAUGGUGCUUACUUUGGAACAUCAUUUCCUGCUAUGUUCUUCCAGAAUUUUCCUCAUGCUAUCCCUGUUCACAGCCGGGUGACAUACACACCUAAGGUUUUCGGAUUUAAAGUGCAUGAAUAUUCCAAACUAGACAGGUGGAGAAAACUACAAAGGCGAAAGCUCGAAAAACGUCUACAUGGGUAUGGCAUUGCGGUCAAUAAUACAAGUGGGGGGUUCAUUGCUGAAGACUCAAGAAGCGAACAACAGCAAAGUUGA